AUGAGGGCGAAUUGCAUAAGGGCAAGGAAGUCGAGGCCAGAAGCCUCUUCAAAUGAUUGGAAUAACGAUGAUGACAACUGGUUUCAUGAAGAUAUAUCUAAGGCUUUCAAGGAGAUGAAGAACAUGAAACUUUUUGAUGUUGAAGACACAUAUUUAAUAGACGAUGCUUGGGAUUGGACAUGGGAGAGAGAAAUAAAGAAGAGGCCUCUCUGA